GAAAGCUCCCUCGGGCCGACCCGCAGCUCAGAAAAAUCAAUACCUAAAUCAUAUCCAACGAUUUUGUUUCCAAUUUUCCCACGAAAAUGGCUCUAGAAUGGGUAGUGCUAGGCUACGCCGCCGGCGCCGAAGCCAUCAUGUUGCUACUCCUCACAGUUCCAGGGCUCGACGGACUCCGCAAGGGCUUGAUUGCCGUCACACGUAACCUCCUGAAGCCGUUCAUGUCGGUUGUUCCUUUCUGUCUCUUCCUCCUCAUGGAUAUUUACUGGAAAUACGAGACGCGACCUAGCUGUGACGACGAGUCAUGUACCCCUUCCGAAUAUCUCCGUCACCAGAAAUCCAUCAUGAAGAGUCAACGCAACGCGCUUCUCAUCGCCGCGGCACUUAUUUUCUACUGGCUCCUUUACUCUGUUACUAGCCUUGUUGUUAAGAUCGAGCAGUUGAACCAGCGACUCGAGAGGCUUAAGAAUCGCGAUUGAGAUAAGUGAUGUGAAUGUUAAAUCUGUUGUAUUUGGACUACUUUCUUUUUUUCUUUUCCUUUUUUUUAAUAAUCUUUUGUUUGGAUUUCCUUACUGAUGUGCUUGGAUGAUUUGGAAUGUUUAUCUUACGAUAGUUAUAAUAAUAUGAUGUCAUUAUUGCAUCUCUGUUUUUGAAUUUGUGAUUUGAUUACGAAAGAAAGUUGAGAUUUGGUUCAAA